UGUGAGCAAAAUGGCGGGUUUGUGGUAAACAGUGUGGUUACUGAAUUAACAUGUGUUAUAGUUCAAUUUAAAGCCAUCUAGUUCAGCUGAAAUGUAAAGCGAAUUUCGGUGUUUCUUAGAGGAUGUCUUCCAGCCUUUUGUUCAAUUCAGUUAUACCUUGUGGUUGACUUUAUUAUACCAAACUUGGUCGGACGGCGGAAUCGAAAGCGCUUCCGGGUUCUUUACCAACUGGAAAUUGACAACAGAAUUGUAACAUUCAGAGAUGUCGAAUACACGAAAACGUAAACAUGGUGGCUUGACUCAAGAUGGAGAAACAAGAAUCAAAGUUGAGAGGAGUGAGUAUCGUUAAUAUAACCGCGCAACAUGCGAUACAACCCGCAUGGUGUUUGGUCUUUAACAGCUGUACAGAUGUACUUGAACUCACGUCUGAUUUAUGAUUAUGUAGGCCUUAUAACGGUUUUGGAAGUCGUCUUGUUGGGUAGGCAACCACGUGAGAAAGCACAGUGUUCGUAUGAGAAUCUAAUGUCGAAUAACUUCCGUAAAAGGGCUGUUCUGUAGAAAGUAGGAACUGUAAACUAAAGCUUCACAGCAAAGGAUUCUACUAACAAUUGUUUGGGGGGCCGCGGUUGUUCUUAAAUUUCUCCAGUGAAUUGCUUUAGAUUUUCCAUAUAGGUGGUUUUCAUGCAAUCUCGGGAGACACAAAUAACAAUGGUGAAAUGAACAAAUGCUAGUGGACAAACGAAACGAGCUAGUAAGCAGUCUUUUGUUUACCGUCCACCAGCAUAGCAGUGAUGACGUAACGUGAAAACCACCUAUAUUUGUCUGAAAGUUUUUUCCCGGGAAAUUUUGGUCGGCAGGAAGAAAAAUUUUUACAGAACUAUAUAUAGAAAAUUUUAAAAAGUGGCUAAAGCUCAGGUAAUGCCCUCAUAUUUUUUCAGUAAUAGAAUUCUUAGGAGUGAAGCUUUAGGUUACAAUUCAUUUUUUUCAGAACAGCGAUUUUACAGAAAUUUUUCGACAAAAGAUUCUGACACACUCAUUUCUCAUGUGGUUCCCUACUCGUCAAGGUGGCUUCCAAAACCACGAUAAGGUCAACACAUGUACCUUUUAUUAAGUUUAAUUACAAGGAUUGUACUGAAAGAAAGUUUGGUGGAGGGAAUUCAGGGAAAAAAUUUCUUUUCAGCACUAUAUGUUGAUUGCUCAUUCUCUACUGUAUUCCUUGUAUUCCUUCAAAACAAACAAGGGCUUUGAGGAAAUUAUAUCUUUUGUUACUUUUCGGGGAUUGCUCUUUAGAUGAAAACAAGUAAGUGAGCGAGCAAAAUGCCAAGUGUAAUACGGAGAAAAAUGUUGUAUAUUUGACAACAAAUAACAAAUAAGGUGAACUUCACAUACCCUCAUGCUAUUAUUACUUAGGUCUCUCAAGCAGCGAUUCUGAUGAGGAACUGUCAUCUCCUUCAUAUGCCAGUUUUCUUCAUGGUGACCGCAAACCAGUGUACAGUGAUGUGGUUUGGAAACAAAUGGUAUGUGAGAAAUGAUAUAAUUAACUUAUCACGAGCAAUUGGAAAAGGAAAAAAACCGGAGUCGCCGACAGGAAUUGAACCUAUGACCUUCCAUACACUGGUCGGAUGCUCUAAGCACCGAGCUACAAAGGACUUGUGGUGAGCUAGGCUAUGUACACUGUACUGGUCUGGGCUCAAACCUUUUACUCUGUGUUCUUUCCUUAGAGAAGCAACAUUCUCUCACCAUGGCUCUAGUCACCCACACCCUGAUUGGUCAAACAUUGGAUAGCGCUAUCCACGGGAUAAAUUACUAUCCAGUGGAUAGAGAUUUAUCCAGAGGAUAAUGUUAUCCACCCGUUGAACAACUCAUGAGCCCUGGCCCUGGUUGUUCAAACGUUGGAUAGCACUAUCCAACAGAAAAAUCAAUAUCCAGCAGAUAAGUAUCCAAUAGUAAUUGUGCUAUCCACUGGAUAGAUUUUUAUCUGGUGGAUAGCACUAUCCAACGUUUGAACAACUGGUGUAUAAAAUUAAUGUGUAACAGCAAUGUGAUGUUAGGGUAUCACCAUGAUGGACUAGCACACUUUUUAAGGGAGAGAAGCAAUACUUGUAGGUGCUUUGUGCUGCAGGAAUUGAGUUAAGCUCAGCCCUUGUGGGCUUCACAGCUUGUAUUUGUUUCCCCCCUUUAAGAGUUUUUUGAGUACCUCUACUGCUGGGGGGGGGGGGCUACAUAAAAAUGUAAUUUUCAUGAGUAUGUCUAAUUUUUGACCAGGAAAAAAUGGGUUACAAGGCAGGAGAAAGUCUGGGCAAGACUGGCUUGGGAAAUAAACAGUUUUCUGUUACCAAAAAUCAAGGAAAUGACAGUGAAGAUGAAGUGCUUAAUAAUGCAUCGCAACCAGAGUCUGUGUACAGUGACUUUGCUCAGAGACAAAUGGUAAGGACUUCAUCUGUUGCUGUACCUACUACUAAAAAAGACAAAAUAGUUAUUUAGUUUCUAAAGACUAAUCAUCAAUGAUUGUUGGAAAAUAUUCAACACAAUAUGCCUCACUUUGGCCAAGAUUAAAUGCUGGAUGUUUAAGCUUUUAUAUUAAAGUAUGACGUAUUAGUAACCUAUUUCCUUUUAUUCUGAAAACAUGUCAAAGUGACCUGUGAGGUUUGAGAAAAGGUCAAUAUUAUGUUACGAAGUAAAAGAUACAGUAAGCAAAAUCCAGGAAAUAAGUAAUUUUUAAAACUUAAAAAUUCAUGAACAUUUCUAACAUAAUUUCACUCAUUCUGAUCAAUGAUGAUAAUGAUAGCAUUAUUAAUUUAUUAUAUUGUUUCAUAUUCACUUUAUUCAACAUUUUUUGUAAUAUUACCAUUUUAUUGUGCUUUAGGAAAGCAUGGGUUUUCAGCAAGGAGGGGGCUUAGGACGAUUUGGUCAAGGAAGAGCUGACAUCAUAGAGGCAUCUCAACAGCGGGGGAGGCGUGGUCUUGGCUUCCGAGUUGAAGGCUUUGAUGAUAAAGAUUUUACUUGGGAAGAAGAAGAAGAGGUAAUUCCUUGCUCAUAAUGUUGAAAAGACAAAAGACAAAUGUCAACAUAGUUUUUGUACCAGUUACACGAUGCCUGGAACUUAAGCAAGUCAGGUUUUAGAAAAACACUUAUUUCAUUGUUUUGAGGUGGGAUGUUGAAUGCAGGUUUCUGUGUGACAUUUUUAUUGUCAUAUGCAGUGUUAAUACCAGAGGUAAAUAUAUUGAAAUACAUAUGAAGCAUUUUUGCAUUGCAUUUUAAUUAACUAUGUUGACCACAUGAAAGUCUUGAUGAUGAUCAAACUGUGCAUUUCACUAUCAUAAAAGGCCUAUGUCAUUGCAGAGUACCCAAUUUGAUUUAGACCAUGAACAAUACAAUACUUUCAAAACACUAAGUGAAACCAAAAGACAAGAAUCCUAUUGAACUUAUUGGUUCAGUUUCACAGCAUGGAGAUUUUCCACUUAGUGUGUUAAGGUGAUUGAAAAUGGAAAUCGUCUUGCAACUUGAGGACUGCAACUAAAUACUGACAUAGAAAAUUGAAAAAACACAAAAGAAUCAAUGUCUUUCUGUACGCCUUCCCCAGUUCCUGUUAGACUGUGCUGUACACAAGUUAUGUAUAUGUUACAUGCUAAUUGUUGUCAAUGUACACUGGAGAAUGAAAGAGAUUUAUCGUCAUUUACCAUUUGACGUGGUAGUAUAAUUCAGUUGACAAGCAUGCAUGAAUUUUUUUUGUUUCUUCGAAUUUUUCAGGUUGUGAUAGUAGAGCCUAAAGUUUGCAUCCCUUCCUGUCCCAGACCCCCUCCAACCAAAGAAGAGAUGGAAGACUGGAUCAGAAUUGGCAAGGUGAUCUCUUUGGUGCAAACUUGUUCCCAGGGCCUCUGUUCCAAGAACCUGGAGAUGGGGGUACCGUUUGUUGUACACUCAAAUUUCAACGGAAAUGUCAGAUUUAAUUUUGCAUAUUUUAUAUGUAGUGGUUCAAUAAUUUUAUCCUUGGUUUGAAUUUUAUUUGCUUUUGUUUCAAACUCAUUAUCAUAAUUAUAUUUCCAUACCCAAAAACAAAGGAAAAGAAAAUUUAAGCCAAGGAUAAAAUUGAACCACAACAUGUACAGCUGCACAUGUGAACAAAGAAAUGUGGCUAAAUGUAAUUUGGGCAAAGUUAAAUUGCAAGCCAAUGCAGCCAGCGGUCUCCUCCUCAAGCGUACGUGAUCUGUGAGGUGACCUCAGGGGCGUUUGCUUAUUCUUGUGACUUACGUUGCAUGAUUAAGGUAUGUAUAUUACUAUACAUAAAAUUGUUCUGUUCUAAAGUAGUUCCACCUUUUUAGAAAAAGUUAACAAUUGAUGAUGAAGCACAAUUCUGUAGUGAAGAAGUUCUGGCAGAGGUUCUAAAAAGCAAGGUAUGUAUAUGUAUUUAGUAGCAUAAGCUGGUUGUAUCAGAUAAUUAAGUUACCAAAUUCAUCUUACCUUACUGAAUUUUAAAGGAGUAUGUGUUAGUGAUAGUAACUAUCACUAACUAUUGGUUGCUUUUAUCAGGGUUGGAUUUGUUCAACAUUACGAUUAUCACAGUUUCAAAAUGUCUGAAGAGAUCAUCAGUUCAAGCUUUUAUCUACUUUGCCAGUGACUGUGUCGGAUUUUAAAGUAGGGGGCAGAGUGGUUAGAGUGCUGGACUUGUAGCCCCCAAGUUCAAGUCCUGCCCGACCUCUAGCUGGAUUUGUUUACUGUAGUUCGAACUCCAGCCAGUUGGGAUUCUUAACCUUGUUAUGUUUGUUUUGAAUUAUUUGUUUUAGACACUAGCAUUAGUGUUAUAAAUACUGCUGAGGGUAAACAAAGGAUAUUAUUAUCAUCAUCAUCAUCAUCAUCAUCAUCAUUGUUGUUAUUAUUAUUAUUAUUAUUAUUAUUAUUAUUAUAAUUAUUAUUAUUAUUAUUAUUAUUAUUAUUAUUAUUAUUAUGAUUGUUAUUAGAUAGUAGCAUCUGCUCCACAUUAAAAGAUCCCUGUCUGGAAAUAGGUGCAGUUUAAAUAAACAGACGAAUAUAGCUGAGUCUGGGACAUGGGAAUGAUAGUGGAGCACUUGUUAAGCUUCUUGUAUAAAGUGUAAAAUUGUUUCUCUUUCCACAAUUAGACUGUUUUUGAUGCCCUUUCUGGUGAUGAAUUCCUGAAGGCAAGAACAAGAGCUAAUCCUUAUGAGUUUAUAAGAGGAGCAAUUUUUCAGAACAGGUGACUGAUCAGUAUAAAUUUAAAACUGUGAAAGGUUUGAACCCAAAUUUAAAGUUCGCAUUGAAGUAAAAAGUAGGCAAAACUGUUUUGUAAUUAUAUGCUGUGGUUAAUUUUUUAUCUAGGUAAUUUUUAUUUUUCUUUCAUUUCAACUUCAUUUAGCAUACAUUACCAUACCCAAAAACAAAAGAAAAACAAAAAUUACCUGAGAUAAAAAAAUUAACUACAUAUACAUUAAAGUAUGGUUGAAUCUAGACAUCAAUGGCUGGUAUACUGACUGUUUUGGUGACAAAUAAGUCCUGACACCUGUGUACUGUAUAGAUUAAGUGAUGAGUGAUCACAAAUGAGUAGUUUUGGUUGUUUUCAUAUACACAGUUUACAGAUUAAUGACUCAGGGCUGUCAUUAAGUGCCAGGGGCUGGGGAUUUCCCCUGGCUGCUACCAUAAAUGUGGCCCCUGGCUACUUUCAUAUAAUAGAAGAAAAAUAGAACCAAAAGAAAUCCCUAGCUGUUUGAUUCCCUGCCUACUUGUUAUAUUUACCCAGCAACUUGAAAUCUUAAUGACAGCCCUGAACAACUAUAUUUUGUAAGUUAGAGAUGUUUGAACUUGAAUGUUACUAACUCUCUGUUGUUUAAAUUUUUUCUUCUAUUAAGAGGUGUAGUAGUUUUAACUUAAUUUAUAUGACCCAUGUUUUAGUAUGGACACCCUUUUAAUAAAGACACUGCCCAUGGUCCCCUCAAAGUUAAACUCUAAAUACAGGGGCGGAUCCGGGAUCUUUCUUGGGAGGGAGUGCACCUACCAUUUUAACUACCAUUUUUACGGCUUUUAAAGUAAAUUCUUCAACCUGGUCUCAUGUUGUACUUCAACGUCAAUAAAUCACAAACCUUUUUGUAUUAGAAAGCUGCAGGUGAUCCACAGGGGGGAGGGUGCACACCCCCUACACCUUCACGCAGGAUCCGCCCCUGAAAUAUUAUUGCCUAGGUCAUAAAAGGUUCUUUGGUUUGGUUUUAAUCAAUAGGGCAGCCAUGAAGAUGGCCAACAUGGAUUCUGCUUUUGACUUCAUGUUUACUAGCCCCAAAGAUGACAAAGGAGUGAGUUUUAUUUUAAAUUUAGUUUUUGAUACAUCAAUUGGUGCAGAAGUGGAUGGGAGGGGGGGGGGCUGUGCAGUCACUGUCUACAGUGGCAGUAGACCCUAACUUGAGGAGGGUUGUCAAAUACUGUCAACUAGACUCCAGUCAUAUCCCUUUGCUCUCCACUGGAAAACCGGAAGUCUAGUGGUGAAAAGUCCUACCAAGUGAAGGUCAUCGAUUGGACACAAAUAGAUUCCAAUGGAAAGUACAUUUUCUUUUCGUGAGAGACUUAGAGAAAUUCCGCUCAUGUUGUUUGAGGGGGUAGAAAGCCGUUCCAAUCAUAUAUAUAUGGAGUCCAUUGGAUCCAGAAAAUAUCCAUACUCACUCCUUGGAGACUCAUUGGAAAUUCCAAGGGGGAGGCCCCAGGAGGCAGGGGUGGGGGGAGGUCUCUUUGACCAACAUUUUUAAUGUACAGUUUGUAUGAGUCUAAAAUGAAUAUUUCUAGCGGGGAGGUGGUGUGGUCAAACUAAUAAACUGUCCCUGGGGAAUAAGGAUACUCUGGAACAAGACACUGUGAAAAGUGAGGCUUAAAAAUGCUAAUAUCAGAAUUUCAAUUCUCACUUCUUGUUUCUACACAUUUCCCACAGAAGUAAAAAUGUAGUGGAGAGAAGUUGUUAAAUAUUUAAAUAAAUGAAAUUCAUCUUGCGUGAUCCUGUCCUCAAUUCUCGUGACCAUUAUGUUUUAAUUUAAUGCUGAUGACUUUAAAGGCUUCAAAGGUUAACGUUACCUUGCAAUAACUCCACUAGAAAAAAAAAACGCUACUAGAGAAGUUUCAUUUAAAUAAUCACAUCAUAAAAUACUUAAAUGUUAACACUACGUGGCCGUUAGCAUCUCCCAAUGACUUACCUAAGGUAUGAAAGAGUUAAAAGACUACUGUUUGCUUGAUUGUAGAGAGACUUGAUUGGACCAAAUGACCUGUUGUACUUUGCUGAUCUAUGUGCGGGUCCUGGUGGCUUCUCGGAAUAUGUGCUGUGGCGUAAGGGUUGGCAAGCCAAAGGAUUUGGCUUCACAUUAAGAGGUACAUAAGUAAAAAUAAUGGCCUGUUACUGCAGACGUUAAGUUUGUAACCAUUAAUUAUAAUUAAUAUUUUGGCCAGCUAUGUUCUUCUCUUCUGCUAAAAUAAUAGAAAAGAUGAGGAAAUGUUUUGCUCAGUAAAACACAUGGUGCAGAUGAUGAUGAUGAUGAUGAUAGGGACUUGAAGAUUCAACAACGCGACAGCAACGAGAAUGUCUAAAAAACAAUAGGUUUAAUAAGCAGAAAAACAACUUUGCACGUGCAUACGCUUUUUUGUACAUUACUUUGCCGUUUUUGCACAACCAUGAUGUGAAAAUGCUUAAUCUCGUGUUUUAUGCAGAACGUAAACAAGCAACGUCGAAAGUUUAUUUCGCUUUCUGAACUUGAAUAAUUUAUGGUCCCUUGGAAUUCAAAUUCAGGAGGGUUCGUGUACAUUCGACAAAGUAAGUAAGCAGGAAUAAUCGCAAUAAAGACUGAAAGAACGCAAAUUAUUUUUUUAAGCGACGUUCUUGUUGCUGUCGCGUCGUCCCUAAUAAUUGAUGAUGACAGUGGUGCCAAUCUGAUGAUGAUGGUGAUCAGAUGAUGAUGAUGGUGACAAUGAUGAUGGUGAUACUAAAAAAUUUUUUUCGUCUACUAAUCCUCUGAUAUUUGUGAGACUAUUACUUUGGGAACCGUGACAUUAAAAGGGGAAGGAUCAAUUUAGGUCCGUUUCUGGGAUACUGCCCACCUACCCCUCCCCUAAGCUAACAUUAACACUCACUUCUCGCUUAGGGCAAAAUGAUGGCCUAGGGGAGGGGUAGGUGGGCAGUUUCUCCAGAAACAUAAAUUGAUCCAGGGGGAAUACCAUCGAUCAACGUAUUGACUUAAAAAUAUGUGUUUUUUGCGGGGAGGUGGGGGGAGGGGGAGCAUCCACUAACAGGCAGUGAGAAAAUUUGCAGAAAAUAACUUGCCUCAAAUUCAAAUUAGCGUACUGUAAAGAAAUCAUUUCCAAGGUCUUGGCUAGAUUCCUGCAUUUUGUCUAAAGGUUGCUGCCUACUAUAGUGAUGACAAUGAUAUGUAAUUGUAACUUUUUUUUCUGAAGGUGACAAUGAUUUUAAGCUGGAAGAGUUCUUAGCUGGAACACCAGAAACCUUUGAACCACAUUAUGGUGAGAAUAACAUUUUAUAUAGAUCUUAUCUGCUGUGAACUCCUCUCAUCGUUUGAUCCCUAGAAAAUCGUACAUCUCGUUUGUAGAAAAAUAUUGAAGGGAAACGUUUAAGGGCAGAAAAUGUUUCACUCGCAGACUUCUAUGCUCAUGUUAAAUCUCUAGCUGGAUAAAACUCUUAGCAAUAUUCAUUCAACCACUGCGCCCUGGAGGUUUUGCUAGAACGUAGUUUGAAGUCAGGUGAGCCAUUUCCUGGUCACCACAUUGCACAAAGGGCAAUAUUGUAACUUAGAACUUUCUAAGAUCGGGCAUGUACAGAAGACAAAAAUUGACAGUGCCACUGCAAGCUUGACUUUUAUAUUUUUCUCUCUUUCUUCCCUGUUUAAGGUACCCUGCUAUACCCUGCUAGCAGCGGUUUCUUUUCGGCGUGGUUUCGCGUUCGCGUAGUUAGCUUGUUUUUCUCUCGGAGACGUAAAAAAGCCAACCACAUGAAUGUCAGCGGCACGAACGACUUCAUACAUGCUAUAAACCACCGUAGAAAGAACCCUUUGUUCUCAGGAUACGUUUAAGGCCGUUUUGCCACUUGACUUUCUUCUUCUUGUUGUUUUUUGUUUGUUUGUUUUGUUUUGUUUCGGUUUUCUGUGUUUUUGCUAAGCUUUUCCUGCUGGAAAAGAUUUUUCUUAAAAAUGCUUAUAAUGUUCACAAUGUUAUGAAGGAUAUUUAGGUAGGUAUUGGGCGAAUUUUUUUUUCGAAUUUUUCGGCGGUUAAAAUGUGAUUGAGUCAUUGAAGUAAUCUAAGCGACUGGGCUUUUCUUUCCUAAAGCAGCUUUUGUUUGUUAAUUACGGUUUUACUGUGCAAAAUAACCUGUAGGUCAUUAACUGGUGUUUUCCUUUGCCAAGGUGUACACGAUGAUGGAGAUAUCUACAAUGAAGACAACCUGGUAGAAUUUAGAAGACAUGUGCUCGAGUUAACGGAUGAUAAAGGUGUUCAUUUUGUCAUGGCUGACGGGGUAAGUUUUGAACGCUUCAGUCAUUGUUAAGCUCUUUUUCUUCCUUGAGUUGUUUUAGGGCGAUCACCAAAAGUUAGAGCAAUAACUCAUCAGCUGGACCGGUCAUUUUGAAAACGUAACAGCUUUUUUUCGAACGUUUUCGGCUUUUCGGCUGGCUGCACAGUUCAGCUAAUAGCGGAAUUUCUCUUUAUGACUGGAUUUGUCCGGCCUUUUGGUUCUAAUUAAUGCUAAUCACCCUUAAAGGCACGGGAAAACGAUCCACAAAAACGUGCAACCUGUUUUGCGACAUUGCUGUAAAACGAGUGAAACAGCGAUGUUGCGCGUUUUAGCACCCACGAAUCAAACUGUCUUGCAACAAAUCAGGAUGUUGCAGGUUGCGAAAAGUUGUUGCAGAAAGUAGAGAGUAGCUCUACUUUUUGCAACAAAAUUUGUACAUGUUGGGCGUCCUACAGGCCCAAGGCAAACUUAGGUUUGCAGCAAGUGACGUAAAUCCCGUGCAUCGCGUGACUCCCGCGUAAUUUUAUCCAAUCAGAAGACAGUAUUCCCGCAACUUGCAACAACCUGAUUUGUUGCAAGACAGGCUGCAACGUGGGUGGUAAAGCGCGCGACAUCUCCAUUCAACUCGUUUUGCCACAAUGUUGCUAAACAAGUUACACGUUUUGGUGCCCUAAUGGCCGUAGCUUCAUAUAAAAACUUUCUUUGUUUGUUCCAAUAAAGUUGCAUAGCUUAUGACCACGUGAGUGAAAACGCUUUAUUAUUACAACAUUUAUCAAAGUGAGAAGAGUUCACUUGAUGAAUUGUUGUUCUUUUCCCAAGGAAUGUCACUGAGCCUUUCGAAAUAAAUUUUGUUUAUUUAGGGAUUCUCAGUCGAGGGACAGGAAAAUAUCCAGGAAAUCCUCAGUAAACAGCUCUAUCUCUGCCAAUUUCUUUGUGCAGUUUCCAUUCUUAGAACAGGUAAGAAGUUCAUUUUUUAUACGUUUGAUUCAUUUGAUAUACAUGUGACCUCCUUGCCAUUUAUCACAAGGAAGUUUAAAGGGAACCUCCACUCUUACUACAGAAUAAGUUUAAAUCGAAUAAAAUUAUGUUGAUAAACAAAUUUGUUCGAAAUUUGUCUUAAAAAAAGUGUUUAUAUCAGGAAAAGUGAAUUUUAAAAUCGCUUAUUUUCACUUUCAAAUUUCGCGGGCGCUGCCAUCUUGAAUAAUUGUGACGUGUUACGGUUGCUCUAUUGUUCUGACACAAAGAACUUUUGUUUAAUAACAAUAGGGCAACCAUUACACGUCACAAUUAUUCAAGAUGGCGACGCCCGCAAAAUUUGAAAACAAAAAUAGGCGAAUCUAAAAGUUAUUUCUUUCGGAUACAAACGCUUUCUUUAAAAAUAUUUUAGAUUGACUUGACUGUAAGAGUUAUUUCCUGUGAUUUAAAGUUAUCUUUUUGUUGAAGUGGAGGUUCCCUUUAAGGCUAUGUUCAGACACAUUCAAAAAUGCGUGAUGCACGUGCAAAGUUGUUGUUUGGCUAAUGUAAACCUAUCACAUGACAUCACGGCGGCCAUAUUGGUGUCCCAAAACAGUGAAACGGUGGCCAUGUUGGUAUCCCAAAACAAUGAAACGGUGGCCAUAUUGGUGUCCCAAAACAGUGAAACGGUGGCCAUAUUGGUGUCCCAAAACAAUGAAACGGUGGCCAUAUUGGUGUCCCAAAACAAUGAAACGGCGGCCAUGUUGGUGUCCCAAACCAGUCCGCGGGGAGUUCAACUCUUUUCUCAUGCAAAUAAUUUCUUUUGUUUCAAUUAAUUUGCAUAGAUGCUGGCCACGUGAGUGAAAACACUCUGUUGGGCUAAAUUAAACGUAGUUUAGCCAGUGUUUAACAAAACCGCGUUCUAAGUCAUUUCCAAUUUGCCCAACGAUUUUAUCUAAACAUCAUUUAUUGUAAACAGUUUUAUGAAAGCAUUUAGAAAAGACUAGAAAAGCAUUUAUGUUCUUCAAACAACCCACCAAAGAAGAGAUCUGGAGUUUCAAAGAAUCAUUAAACCGAGGCUUAAGUUAUACUUUGUUUAAAUAUUUGGCCCAUUGCUUUUUGAACGUUCCUGUUCCCGUUGCCAUUGCCAUCGUCGGAUCUUGAGGUCCUUAAUCUCCGCCAGGAGAGUGUACAAAGUCAGUACCCAACUAAAUCAGCCGUCUCUCCCGUUCUGUGCCGCUGACUUUAGCCCAAGCUAUUUAACCGUGCUACAAAACAGUGACGUUAUUUUCUUUUUUCUUUUGCUUGUAUUUCAGGUGGCCAUUUCGUGUGCAAACUGUUUGAUCUUUUCACUUCAUUUAGUGUUGGUCUCGUGUACCUCAUGUAUCGUAUUUUUGAUGAGGUAUACAUUUUCAAACCUGUCACCAGCAGGCCGGCUAACUCAGAGAGGUAGGCUUUUACUAUUUUAUAUGGUAACUUGUAGGGACAAAGCACAUCCCAGAAUCCAAAAACACUUCCUAGUAUCCAAAACACGCCCCAGAGUCCAAAACAGGUCCCAGGUUUUGAUUUCUGGGGACGUGGUUUUGGAUUCUAGGAUGUAGUUAAAUUAGAUUCUGGAAAGUGGUUUGUCCUUUCGAACCACCCUAAUUCAGUUCCAGAAUUAUCCAUUUGAGGCUAGUUAGAGAAACCGGGCUGGCUCUCUUUGUCAAAAGUGGCCUGCACCAAUUUUCUCCCAAUAAUAUCAGUACAUAAUUAAGAGAAAAUUGACUGAUGCUUUAAGGAAAUGUAUGGAGAUCAGUAUGUAGAAUUUGUAUGUGGAUAUUGGGAUUAAAUGGGUUCAACGCAAGAAAAAGUUGUGAUCCCAAUGAGUGGCGAGAUAAAAGUUACAUCGGUAAAGCGAACUAGCUCGGCUCAUGUAGUCACCUAUUAGCAGGUCUAAGGCGUGUUUUAUUUAUUCCAAGUUUACAAAGGCUGUAUACCGUGAAAUUCUGGCUGUGUUCCUAGGUUACAGGGGAUCAUCAUACGUUCUGGGAAACUACCCACCUACCCCUCCCCUAAGCCAACGUUAACACUUACUUCUCACUUAGGACAAAAUGUUGGCUUAGGGGAGGGGUAGGUGGGCAGUUUCCCAGCAACGUGUAAUGAUCCGGCUAAUCUGUAGGCUCUCCCCCGUCCAUCAUACCCCUAAUGACGGCGACGACAACGAGGACGUCGAUGAAGCAAAAGGUUUAAUAAGCGAAACAACAUCCCGCACGUGCAGCACACGUUUUGGUACAUUUCUUUGCCUUCACUGCACUUCGACGUAAAAUUUCACAAAGCCACGUUUUCUUAAAGGGGCUGUGUCACGGCAGUCCAGUUCAUUUUGUUUAAUUUUGCCAAUUACUCGCCCUCAAUUGCUAUGGAACUUGAAGUAAGCAAAGAAAUUACAUGUAAAUGACAAAAUCAGAGAUCCGAGACAGACAAAUAUGUCUCCUGAGCAUUAUUUUUGAAGUUGCAAGUAGCAGGGAUCAACUUUGAAAAACUGUUAGGCUGAACAGUUUUCAAAAACCCUAAUUUCAAUCCGUUUCAAUCUUCUUCAGUUUUGCCUAUCCGUGGCAUCUGUUGCUUCUGUUAUGUUAUUUUAACCUUCCUUUAAAGUUUUAAGCGGUUAUUUUAUGCUUCUCUUAAUUGAACGGGCAUUUUUUUAAUUUCCUAAUUUGGCCGUGAAUUUCGUGACACAGCUCCUUUAAGAACGCAAACGCAAGACUACAAGUUGGGCUUUCUCAUAAUGACAUGAAUUUCACAGUAAUAUUAAUUCACGCUUUAAAACACGAAGCUUCAUUUCAACUUAGCAAUGUGCGAGCAUUACCGCCCCUUUUCGGUGAAUGAUGUUUAUGUUAUCACGACUCAUAGUUUCUUCGCACACCUUUAGGUACGUGGUGUGCAAAGGCCUUCGUCCCAACAUUCAAGAUGUACUUGAGCACAUGUUCAAUACGAAUGUAAGAAUCAACAAAAUGAAAAACCAAGACAUUGAUGACGUAAUGGAGGUUGGUAGAAGCUUAAAUUUACUGCUGCACACAUUUAAUUCCACAACGUGUAGCCCUUUGGUCAACGGGGAAUUUAUGGAGAUGUUUUCGCGUGGACGUUAAAUCUGGCCAUUCAAAUGAAAGUUACUGAGCAGUUCUUUCCUGUGGUGCUGUUUAUUAUGCUGUACAAGGUGGCUCUAACUUUUGAGUCUGUGGAUGAAAUCCUAUGGUGUGACCAUUCAAAUGAAAGUUACUGAGCAGUACUUUUCUUUGGUACUGUUUAUUAUGCUGCCCAAAAUGGUUCUAACGUUUGAGUUUGGGGAUGAAAUGUCUGACCAUUCAAAUGAAACCUUUCUUUUGCAAAGACCAGAUGGGGAUCAGUUAUUUAGUUCGUUAGUCCAAGCUAAUUAAAACUAUUUUGCUGUUUACAAUCCUUUUUACCUACUUUAGGGCACAUUGUACCCAGACUCGUGAAAAUUCGUCAUUUCGAUAGACCAACUAAAAGUGUCGUUUUAAAUGAUGUGUUGUCUUUUUUCUAGAUCGUUCCCUUGCAUAUUCUUCUGGAAGAUGAAGAAUUUUCAUCGUAUAUGGUUGAUUCGAAUGAUAGGUAUUGUGCAUGUACUGCAUUUUAUGAAUUAGCUAAAACAGGUUCAUUUGUUAGCAUAGAUUCAUCGCCCUAAGAAUAACAGUAAAGCAUAGAAUAACAUCGUGAAAGUGUUGAUAACCUUUUCAUUCCAAAAAACUGCUUUUCUUGCGAAAGUUUUACCAGCUAAAUGGAGAACUGUUUUUAUCUUUUGAAUCAAUUACCAAAUAUUGUGCCUUUGGCGUAAAAUAUAUAUUCGUAUAAAAAGGAUGAACGCGUUAUUUUAAUCAUGCUCCUAAGAUCCUCAGUUCUGUAUUUUCGAACCCCCCAUAAUGCACUCUGUUUUCUCCCCCACCCUAAUUUUGCAUAAUCUAUUGUUUUCAAAUGCUCCUGGGGGGACUGCCUAUUUCCAAGAGCAUUUGAAAACAAUAACUCAUGCUAAAUGUGGGUAGGCAAACAGAGUGUAUUACGGUGGAUUAUUCGUAAAUAGUCAAUGAACUUAUUGUGUGAUCUGUUUAUGAAAGUGGAAAAGUUAGAAGAGAAAUUAUGUUUUAGCUCUUGGUCUGAUCUCUUUGAAAUUCUGAAAAUCUAAUCUGCUAUAGGAUAGGGAAGGUGCAAGCAAAUUCCCUCAAGAAACUGAGAGCCUACGUCCAAGACACGUAAGUUAAAAUGUUGUGGAACUAUUGCUUGAAUCUGUGCAUUUUAGCCAAACCAAGGGCUGCUGUAGCUUGUUAUGCAAGUGUUCUGUCACGCGCUCUUUCCCCACGUGGGUAAGGAACACGUGACGAAGCUCUAAGAACUUCUUCCAGGGAGGCUAGGGCUGCUGCAUCAUACACAAACGUUCUAUCGGCUCGUCACGCAACGGGAAAGAAUCCGUUAAGUUGUAUUUCAAGUGGCACUAAAUCUUUAUUAAUUUUAUUUCCAGGGCCCUCAUUGAUAUCAGCAUUUUAUGCUGAAGAGAUAACCCUGGCUAAAUAACAUUUAUUAUUUAUUUAUUACUUAUGACACGCAAAUUCAAAUAUGUAUAAUUAUGAUCAAAUGCGCGUCGAUUAGAUCAUUACUUUACUUUUCCAGCACGUUAAUGGGUCAUUAUGAUCAAGGGGAAGUGAAGAAAAGAUGUUUGGAGACUUGGAAGGUCAGUUUUUUUUUAUCCUGUAUAGUUAUACAAACGCUAAUGUUAGCAAAAGUACUGUUGUAAACAAAAACAUAUAAAUAAAAUUCUCCCAACUAAUUUUUUAAGGAAUUGUAUGGAGAUCAUUUUGGAGAAAUUGUACGUGGAUAAUGGGGCUUAGAGGUUACACCCCACCAUGAUAUUUCCAAGAAUCCCUAGUUCUCAAGUGGGUUAAUAAAAUAAAAUGCUGGUGGCAAAAAGUUAUCUCUUUAAUUUAAUGUCUGUUAAACUCAUCGCUAAUGAUGAGCUUGGGAGCAGGUGCCUUAAAGGUUAGUAGGGGGGCCAAAAGCAAUAAGCAGAGAGGAGGUAUCCAUGGCAACCCUGGAAGCGGGAACCACCCCAAGAGCAGCCACUAACCGGCACCGUCACACUGAAUAAAGUCAUUGGAGAUACUUACCUAAGAGAAUACUUACCUGAGAAAAUACUUACCAAACCACCAGGCAGGGAGAGAGGAGAGGGAGCAAGAAUCCGCAAUGAUUCGCAACAAGGCAAACAUUGAUCCGCUACGAUCAGCAAGAAUCCGCAAUGAUUCGCAAGAAAGCUAAAAAUGAUCCGCUACGAUCAGCAAGCAAAGCUACAAUGCAAAGCAACACUAGCAAAAGGGCUCACAAGGAGCCCUGCAAUUCCCCGCGGGCCGCCCCGUAGGUCACAUACUGAAGUGGGAGAAGACCGCUGGCCAACUCGCUCGAGUUUAACUUUGCCUAAAUGAUAUUUAGCCACAUCUAAAUUGAAAAGAAACUGGAACAUCUGAUUUCAAUUUUAUGUUAGUCCAGUAAUCACCUACACACUCGUUAUUUGAGGUAGAACGUAAUGUACGGUUGUUACUCUCUAAAUUACAACUCUUGACACAAGACCAACAUAACUUUCUAUUUUCUUCAUAUUAACCUACAUGACGUGUCCUUUAGAUCCCUGAAAAGGCUCGUGCAGCUCCUAAAAACCCUGAUCCAGAUGUGAAAUUUGAUGAGCUGUGGAAGGUAGGUUAAGUGAUUGUCACAUUUUAUUGGCAUGAGCAUCAAUUCCCAUUGCUUAGUGGUUUCAUGUGUAAUGGUCACACCAUAGAAUUUCCUCUACGGUCAUAAAAGUUAGAACCACCUUGUCCAGCAUAAUAAAAAGUACCACAGGAAAGUACUGCUCAUUAGCAUUAAUUUGAAUGGUCACACCAAUGGAUUUCAUCCACAGGCUCCGCAAAAGUUAGAACAACCUUUGCGGCAUAAUAAACAGUACCACAGGAAAGUGCUGCUCAGUAGCUUUCAUUUGAAUGGUAACACCAUAGGAUUUCAUCCACAGACUCAAAAGUUGGAACCACCUUGUACAGCAUAAUAAACAGUACCACAGGAAAGUACUGCUCAGUAGCUUUCAUUUGAAUGGUAACACCAUAGGAUUUCAUCCACAGACUCAAAAGUUGGAACCACCUUGUACAGCAUAAUAAACAGUACCACAGGAAAGACCUGCUCAGUAGCUUUCAAUUGAAUGGUAACACCAUAGGAUUUCAUCCACAGACGAUUUUGUUUGUUACUCAAAAUUUUCCCGUGAGCUUUCUGGAAUAGCUGAACAGCAGGUUAAAAGGAUUGCAAAGUUUAAUGUAGCGCUGUUCUUCUUUUCUUUUCAGGGAGUUGAUGAUGACCAUUGUUUCGAUUCUGAACCUACGACGCUGACUUCUAAGAACAUCCAGAAUCUUAAAUGUUUGUACAACUACAAAUGUUUUGUGUCUGGAGGAGAAAGGUGGUUCUUUAUGGGCCUUGGGGUAAGUGUCUGUACAUUGAAGGUCACUGGUUACUGUAGAUUACUGGUUAAGGUUUGCAUAAAGGUGAUACCUAUAUGCCACGGAAAAGCAAGCAACUCAGAAUUUAGGGACCUCAUAUAAGACACUAUUAUUUGUAACACGUUUGACAAAAUUUCGUGCGUUUACCUGAGGAUUAGGGCUAGGUGACACUUCGUUAUGUCCAUCAUAAAGAGCAUGAAUCUCAUUAGCUUGCAAUCCUGGACAUAUCUGUACAUGGCCGUGGUGGCCUGGUUACGGGUUCUCCCUACCGGGAGUAAGUCGGCCAGAAGUAUCGUGAAGGAAGUGAGAUUAACUGCUGACAAAUUUGUUUCAGCGCAGUAAUAUCUACAAGUGGGAUGGUAAACCAAACUAUCGCAGUUCAACAAGGUGGCACAAGCUAGAGAAUUUCCACUUGGAACUCCCACGUGAUACAUUGAUAGAAGUCGAAAUAGUCCAAGAACUCAGGGGGGAGGUGAGUGUACAAUAAGGACAAGGUGACGUGCGAACAAGCUCUCUGGUGCUCGGGGGAGGGUUCCUGGGGCAGUUUGCUUUCACGGUCAGGAUAAGGUUUAUAUUCCAGGGAAUAGGUGACGCGAUCGUUCUUAUUUGCUUGUACGUUUUGUUGCUCCAAAGUAGCUUACUUGAUAUCCUUAGGAAAUGUGAUCCGGGGGGGUACUUCCUAGUAAUGGACUAAUUUGGACGUGCUGAUUGAUGAGGCCACGUUCACGACCGGAUUGACUGUACUGGGGUUACGUUUUCAAUAGAGUUACGAGAAUGGGAGUUUGUUGGUAAGAAGAUUCUGGUAAGUGGGGAUUUUAUCAUUUAAGAAAAUACGUCAAUUCAUUUAAGAACGACCCAGUUAAAAGGUUUUAUGAGGAAGAUGCACAGGCUGCGAGUACAGCCGUUUCUCCUCAACCCGGGUGGGAAAAGUUUGUGACAAGAUGUUUGGUGUUCCGUGUUAUAUCAGCUUCAGAGGCCUUACAAGAGAGUUUUACUCUUUGAAGAUGAUACAAACCGUAAAGCAACAGUGUGCAAAAAAAUUGAUGUUAAUUUUUCUUUCUGCUCGUUUUUCUCAACAGGGGAAGGGCCAGAGAAGGUCAGCUGCGGUUCAUAUUGUGGAUGCCGUAAUACUUGGAGGCAAAGACGUGCGAAACUCGCACUACAGUGAGAGGUAAUUCAUCUUCUCUCCCUCAGGUGCCAGCCAAAGUGAAAAAAAUUGUACCUUGAAAACAAAAAAAGUAAAGCCAAAGAGGUUUUAUUUAAAUGGUCACAGCGCAGGAUUUUGUCCACAGACUCAUAAGUAAGAAUCACCUAACAAGACUCUAUCAUUUACUUUGGUAGUAACAGCGUUAACAGUGCUUAACAAGCAGUGAUCAUUGGUUGAUGCACUUUUGACGUUCGCGUGAUUUUGUGCUUAUCUUAGAGCAGAACACUUGCGCUGGUCUUUUUUCUAUUCUCCUUUUAAGAAACGAGACGUCAACUUUCGCAAAGACUUCUGCGAAUGUUACUGGCUACAGGAAAAAAAUUGCCAAUGCCUUAUCGGCGGGUCCCCAGUAACGAUUCCAAAAACAACAAGUAGAAUGCCGUACUUGUCCUGCCUAAUUUGUUAUCCGGUUAUCUUGUAGAAUGGCAAAGGCGGGUUUGCUUGUGAAGGCAGUCAACAAACCUACUUGCCAAGGAAUGGUACCACUAAGGUAAAGAGACACACUCAUCAGGGAUUUGUUGCCUCCUGAUUACCUCCCUCCUCCCCCCCCACCCCUGCAUUUGUCCGUAACUCAAACGGAAGCGGAAGUAGAAGAACAAACCAAGCGUCUUCCCGGGAUCGAGUUUUGUUUGGUGUAUUCUUCCAGUCCUGUUUGCGUCUUCGUCUAUCUAUAGUUGUCACUGGAUUGCAAGCGAUGGGCUUAACAAGCAACUUUACAGCUUCAAAAUGACAAGUCUAUUUAAAAACCCUUUUUCGUGCUUUUACAAUAAGUUGUCUACGCUAGAACAAACAAACUCCUGUUACCAUGGUUACCACUCGCCACUCUACAAACGAAAAGGAAACUGGGAAAAGUUAACUUCCGCAAAGACUUCUGGGAAUGUUACUAGGGAGGAAAAAAAUUGGCCAAUAGCUGACCGGCGUGGCCCUAGUAACAAUCCCAGAAUCAAUUGCGAGACACAUUUCGGCCCCGGUCCCCCUCUUGUCUCUAAGUGGCCAAAGCUUAAUUUUCCCUAGAUCAGCUCACAGCUUCGUCCUUCUUUAAGGCUCAUACACGUCCUCAGUGAAAACCCUUUUGUAUGAUGCACUCAUUCAGUCUCUUCGAUUCUAUUCAUUCAUUAUUUUAAAUAAUAUGAAAAAAUGUUUCAUUUUAGGCUCAAACAUAUAUUUCGUGUGGACAGUACUUCACUUAAAGAAAUUUUCACCAGGUUAGUUUCUUUUUUGUUACUUCAUCGGUUAGAUUAAUUUGAGUUAACUGUUGACAACGACAUUUACUUAAGUUCUACUUGGGAAAAUUGCCAUGGUCCAGUAGAAUCACUUCAGUUCCUCUAGCAAUUUCAAGACGGGUCCUUAUCUUAUUGGUAGCAACCGUAUCUUUGAGCAGGAUUUCUACAGAGUCUUUCAAGAACGUCCAUAAGGUUCAACUGUAGCUCGGUUAUAAACCUUUUCACUCCCGAAGAUGACCGAAGUCACACUUCAGCGAAGUUUUCAAAUUUUAUUUUGUAAAGUGCGGAAAACCAAAUAGUACGGCGUGAACUAACUGCUCAGUAACUUUUAUUUGAAUGGUCACACGAUAAGAUUUCAUCCACAGACUCAAAAGACAGCAUGAUAAAUAGUACCACAGGAAAGUACUGCUCAGUAGCUUUCAUUUGAAUGGUCACACCGUAGGAUUUCAUCCACAGACUCAAAAGUUAGAACCACCUUGUACAGCAUGAUAAACAGUACCACAGGAAAGUACUGCCCAGUAGCUUUCAUUUGAAUGGUCACACCGUAGGAUUUCAUCCACAGACUCAAAAGUUAGAACCACCUUGUACAGCAUGAUAAACAGUACCACAGGAAAGUACUGCUCAGUAGCUUUGAAUGGUCACACAAUAGAAUUUCAUCCACAGACUAAAAAGUUAGAACCACUUUAUGCGACUCUUCAGUUUAUUCACCCUGGAAGUGGAAGAGUUAACAGAGCUCAACAAGCAAUGUUUUUGUGGUCGACAAAAAUUUGGACGUUCGGUUGAUUUUGUGUUUACUGAUAUUAUAGCAGAAUUGACAUGAAAGUUGUGAAAGGAAAAAGUAGGGAGCCCAGAGAGUGCUUUAUGUUGGAGGAUGGGAGGCAUCUUCUUCCCAAAGGGAUAUUUUUCAUUAAACGAAUUCAAGGUAAAUUUAUUGAAAUUUGCAUUAACCCUUCAAGUCCCAAUGGUGACCAACAUCAAUUUUCUCCUAACGAUAUCCAUACCUUGUCAAGAGAUUAUGUUAUGAGAAUUAAUGAAAUGAUCAUAAACCCUUUCACUGCCAAAUGUACCCAAAGGCAAAUGUCGACCAAGUUUGCAAAUUUCCUUUUGUAAAAACCAAAUAGCACCAUGUAAAAGUUCAGGCAGAGAGCUUUCAUUUGAGUGGUCACAUCAUAGGAUUUCGUCCACACACUCAGAAGUUAGAGCCAUCUUACAAAACUCUAUCAAACUCUGGCAAAGAGAAAAUGCUUUGAUCUUUUAUCAAAUCCUCUCAACUAAUUCUUAAAGGAAAUGUAUGUCGAUCAGUUUGGAGAAUUUGUAUGUGGAUAUUGGGGCAUAAAGGGUUAACUUAAGCAAUCUCGUUCCCAGAGGCUGCGAUCCUUUCGGUCAGAAGGGUAACGAAGGCUCUGGGAACGAGACUGCCUCUUUAGUUCCUCACGAAAGUAUGAAAAUUAAACGUUAGAAACGCGCAUCAAAAAAAUAUAUUUAGAGCAGGUGGAAAUUCUUUGUAUGUAUUUUUACAAGUACUGAAUUGAUUUCUUGAUGUCUUUCUGUGUCGCAGAAGAAACGCGUAGUCGCGCAAAUCAAAAUAUUAUGGUCUAUUAGUUAUAUGCGUGCGUGUGUGAAUCCAAUUUGGGGUUUCAAGUUCCAUUUCUAAUUUCCUUUGGAACUAUGCCUAAACUUUCAAAUUAUCGAAAGAAAGGGUCAAGGUACUUUUUGAAGUUUUAGCCUUUCGUACUACCCUAAAGCCUCACACAAAAGCGUGAAUGUCGCUUUGCAGAAACACUGUUGCCGAGAAACGGAAAAUGUUAUCCUUGUUUCUCUCUUGGACAUUGUGUUUUUGCACCAAAUGUUUGCCUGGUUGCGUGCCAAGGAAACAAUGUUGGCUGAAAUUCAAGAUGUUUGUCGAUAUCAAACAAUUGACGUCAAUGGUUUUUAGAGUGCGUAACCCUAAUUAGUAAGAGGGAAAACUACGUUGUGUAAAUUAUAUGAGGUGUCCGAAGGGGGUACGGUCCAUGGGAUCUAAUGAUAACCGAUAUAGACAGAAUUAUAGUUACGGCAGAAGGCUCGGUUGCUCAGCUGUUUGACCGAGCUGGAAAAAAUGACGGAAGGUUUCACACUUAAUGCGAAAGAAAAAUAGCCGAAAUACUGCCUUGAAAUCUAGCGAAAAUGGCAAAAAUACCACUCAAAGGAUGACAACUGCUGUUUGAAGAAAAUUUGUGAGGGGAAAAAUCCCUUCAUAACCUGAAACUGCCGAGGAACACGGGCAAACGCUUUGAAGACAGGAGAGGUAAGCAUUUCUUGUUGAAGUUGAAAAUAUUUGAAUAAAUAUAAUAAAACAAUCAUUAGACUCGGCCCGUUAUGAUAUGAGGAAUUAUGCAGGUCGAUGAGGGUGUUAAGGGCUUCUUGGUCUGAAUUAUUCUUUAUAUCAUACGACAGCCAAGUCCAAUAAUUGCUAAUUAAAACGUUCGAUUUUCUUGCUCUGUAGAGCCUUGGACUUACGCACACAGUCGUUCAGCCAAACGUUUGUAUUUCUUCAACAAAGACACAAAUGAGUCGGUGUUUGAAAGCCCACGAGACUCUGCGGCCUCAUUCAAGUAGGUGGUCUUUUCAGCUUGUUUAUAAUUUUGAGCAGACGCGUACAGUUACCAUAUUUGGAGAGCAUGGUAUAUUGCUCAUAAACCAUGAUGGCUAAGCCAAUCAGAGCUCUAGAAUUACAUUAUCCAAUUUAUCAGUUUUAUGAACCGGCCCUAAGGGGAAUUGUUGUUCUAGUAUUUUCCAAUUCAGUUCGAUAGAAUUGAAAAAGGUACUUUUGUGGAUACGUACUAGUAAGACCUUUGUUUAUUGAAAGUGUAUGGAUUUUAUUUCGUCGAGUGCAUUUUUAAGAUUGUGCUGCAAAUUCAGUAAGAAAACCAUUUUCUACCUGCCAGUUAACACCGACAAGCCAAGCCGCUUUCUUGGUGCUCGUUUGUUACAGCUGCUUCAUUUGUCGCUAAAAUGUCGCCUUCCGAAACUGUAACGAAACGGGACGCCAUAUUGAUUCCUGUUUCAAAACAAUGAAUAACCAAGGAUGUUUCGAAUUACAGGAGCCUAUCAGAACGCUGGAAAAUCGCGCUCCGCUUAUUUGGCAAAUACUAAAUCUGUCUAUUUUUCCUGGUUGAUGUUUUAUUUUGUCGAGAAAAUCGCAGCUUGAAACGUAGCCAUGUUUCAUCAGAUUUAAAGGGGCUGUGUCACGGCAGUCCAGUUCGAUUGUUUAAUUUUGCCAAUUGCUAGCCCUCAAUCGCUAUGGAACUUAAAGUAAGCUAGGAAAUUACAAGGAAAUGACAAAAUCCGAGAUAUGUCUCCUGAGCAUUAUUUUUGAAGUUGCAAACAGCAGAGAUCAACUUUAAAAAACUGUUAGGCUGAACAGUUUUCAAAAACCCUAAUUUCAGUCCGUUUCAAUCUUCUUCAGUUUUGCCCAUCCGUGGCAUCUGUUGUAUCUGUUGUGUUGCUUUAACCUUCCUUUAAUUUUACGUUUCUCUUAAUUUAACGGGCAUUUUGUAAUUACCUAAUUUGGCUGAAUUUCGUGGCACAGCUCAUUUAAAGGCACGUACUAACUAAAAGUUAGCAUCCUUUGUAUUCGCUCUCUGUUUUAUCAAUGAAUUUUUAAAGUUUUUAAUGUUCUGUCUCGCUCUCAAAACAGGUCAUCGCUUGGAACUCGCUACUUUUGGCCGUGGGAGGCUGAUGAGUCGGAGAAAGGUGAAGAAAACCGAGUGGAUCGGGAAAGACUUAUAGAGUUUUUUACUACGGCGCAGAACAAUUUUCUAAGUGGUCCACCUAGAAAGUGAGUUGCUGUCUGGCUUAGAACUAUUUUACCAACAGUUUUAUACGGUCUUCAGUUGUACUUUGAUCUGCAUCGCUGCGCCUUCCUCGCGCCAUUACAGCCAGCUGCGUAGUACUUUUCACACGGGGGGACACCCGCGAAAUGUAUUGGUUCGAGUUAUUCUGAUUGGUUGACUGGGUUGUUGCGUUAGCCGCGAUUGGCUAGCAAAGGCAGACACCAGCAUGUUUUAAUGGGUUACCCACAGUUAUUUUUCUUCAAGCUCUGAUUGGCUCACUGGACUGUCUACCUCUGCCGUGACUGGCCAGCGAAGGCGAACUCUGGUACCUGUUUUCCCGCGUUUUGCCACGGCUGCAUGCAAGAUGUUUCAAGUCCAGAUUGGAUCGUGGGAUUAUCAUUCUCUUCUGUGAUUGGCCAGUAAGCCAGCAUGCUUCAGAUCAAAAUUCAAUGACAAUCGUAUAACUCAUUUUGUAAAAUACUACCAUUAAGAGAAAGAACUGCUCUGUUCAAAAAAGAAAGGCUCUGUACAGCAAAAAGGAAAGAAAGAAAAGAAAACAGGAACGUAUACAAGCUCAUGCAACAUUUCAUAAGUGAAAAUAAGAAAGCUUCGACUGAAAUUACGCCAUCAAAUCUUUGCGGCGCUAUAAUCGUACAUUGUUGAACUAUAGAAACAAUUUGCAAUUGCGAAAUGCAAGAAAUUUGCUGAAAAUAGAGGUAUUGGACAAUCUUGAAAUGUUUCCAGAUCAGUAUUUAAUAGCGACUUAAUAAUAGAGCAACAGUUUACUAAGUCGUAGUUGUUCUAAAGAGCAAAUAAACACCCAUCUUCGUUUACUUCCUUUUUUCAGAAUUAUAAAAAGAAUUACUGUUACAUGAAGAUGAGGAAAGAGGGGGAUUUUCUCGAGGCAAACCAACAAACGUAAAAAUCCAUUUUAAAAAACGAGUGCGCGGGAAAAGAUAUGAAGAUGGAUCGUUGCUUCGUUUCCCCUUCUUACCAUUCCCCGCGCGGUUUCUUUUCUCUUCUUCCCAGUCCCCUUGUGACACAAUAGAAAGGAGAAGUGUGACUUCACCUUACCAUUGAAGCAAAGUUUCUGGAUCUCAACUAUCUCUCUUGACAGAGACGGCCAUUUGCGUUGUCGAACGAUGGAGGAAAAAUAAGUAACACCAUUUUGAUCCCGAGUCCAAUCAUAAAUAAGAAAGUCAUACAUCAGUCAAUUUUUUCUGCCAUUUUGUUUGUUGAGAUCCAGGCGACGACAGCUCAGUACUUGUGUAUAAUAUUUACACUGUAUAUAUAGUAACGUAGGAAUAUAUUUAACUAAUAAGAGAAAAAAAAAGAAAAGAAUGGCUUUAAUGUAGAAGUGUACGGUGGCCAGAGGAGCAUAGCUUUCGAGCUAACCACCGCUGUAUUAUGACUAGAAAUACUUAGUAUGUGCGCUAGGUGCCAUGGAAAAUAUGGACAAUGAUGUGAAACAGUCAGUUAUAUGUAGUUAACUUUGAAAGCAGCAGAACUGUUAUUUAAAAUGUGAUUUUACUCUGUUUUAAACUUCAUCACUGUUAUUGUCAAUGUCGCGAAUUUUCCUAGCGUUGAAUAUCAAAAUUGAGAUUCCCUUUUACUGUCCCUAUACUUUUUCAAUAGAAGUUGUGGGGAGAAUUUGUUGAAAUAUCAAUUAUAUUCUUCUUCCCUGAUCAUGUGCUCAAUUCUCAUGACCACUCUAUUUUCUAAAGCAUUGAUAUUAUAAGGAGAAGUCUCAUGCUGAUCACUCUUAGGGCUGAAAGGGUUAAGGACUGUAUCC